AUGUCUUCCUACUACUCCUCUCGUCCUAGCAGUUCCCAGGACCUUGGUGAGAAGCUUGGCGAGAACAUGGCCGAGAAGUAUCGCUGCAAGAUUGGCGGUGAGUGGAAGCCGAUGUCCGGCUUCUCCAAGAAGCAGCAGAAGCUUGUUCAAGACAAGCUUGAUCGACACGCUCGAGUCAACCGUGCCAACACUGGCAUGGUCUGCCGCAUUCACUCGGGUGAACCCGUCAAUGAGAUUCGAUGUGAAGGUCCAUGUGACGAGAUUAAGACCUUGGACCAGUUCUCCAAGAACAAUAGAACCAAUGGCGUCAACUUCUGCAAGUCUUGCCAGCACUGGAUCAACACCCAGGAGCCCGGCUACACUCCCUGGGCCGGUCCUAACACUCAACUGGACCCCCUGGAGAACACGGACGACUACGCGAGUCACCUGCCGACUGAUCCCUCCGAGAUCUUUGACUUCCGUAGUGAGGUUGAUCAGCCCCUCGCUCCUGUCACUGGAACCAACGGCCUCACUGCCGCGGAUGACCUCUCGACUCGCAUUGAGUCUAUGGGCAUCGAGACUCGUCAGCCCUACAUUGCUGGCCCGAUCGGCCUUGGGGCUAGAAAUGUCGGCUAUGCUAGCUACAAUGCCGGCGCCUCCGGCCUGGACAGCGAGAGCAUUGCCUCUGCUGCUACCUCGGCUAUCGCAGGUACCAUUGAGACAGGCCGUGAUUACGAGUUUCACAACACCUUCCUUGAUGUCAACUUCAAUGCCUACGACUCGGCUGGCAAGAAGCAUAUCAAGACCAAGGUCCCCACUACCCAGUCCAGUGGCUCUUCCAUGAUUAAGAGUCGCCAUACCUACAAGGGAGGUCGCCCCGAGACCGGAUCCAACACUACGGCUCUCGCCGCUUCGAGCGUUGCGCCUAGCGGUCCCUGGCCCGGUGAUCGUCAGCGCGAUAGAAAGCAGCUCACGAAGGCGGAGCACCGCGCGCUCCAGAGAGGCAGGCCUCAGCCUCAAACAAUCUUCAAUCCCAUUCCGUACGGCAACGGCGAUGACAACAGUGACGACGAGUAG